AUGGAGAGUGAGAUGAAGAGGAGGAAAUACUCCACCAGCAGCAACGACUCUGACACCACCGACAGUCAUGUGACCACCUGGUCACGGUCUUCAAAGAACACCGGGACCAGCAGCACAUGGGUACGCCAUGAGCAGAAGAAACCGUCUGAGGUGUUUCGGACCGAUUUUAUUACAGCCAUGAAGUUGCCUGAUUCGGCACAGCUGAGCCCAGAGGAGUUUUAUUUCCUCUCCGACCCCUGGAGGCAGGAAUGGGAGAAGGGUGUUCAGGUGCCAGCCAAUGUGGAACCGAUUCCCGAGCCUGUAGUUCGGAUGCUUCCGGAGGUCAAUCGAAUCCCAUUCUUUUCACCGAUCCAAACCAGGGGCCAGUCAGAGUUUGGCUUCGGAGAGUCACAUGGUCUCCCUGAGCCGUUGAGCUGUUACGAUCUGGAUGAUCUGGAUGUGACCUGGCUUGAACUGGUUAAUACUGAAUUCAGACAACUAGCACUUCCAGAGCUGGACGAGCUCGCCAUGGAGCAGGUCGUGGUGGAGCUGGAGAUCAGGUGUCAGCAGAACAUGCAGCAGGCCAUCGAGACCGAGGAGGGUCUGGGUAUCGAAUACGACGAGGACGUGGUUUGUGACGUAUGCCGCUCACCUGAGGGGGAGGACGGUAAUGAGAUGGUCUUCUGUGACAAGUGCAACGUUUGUGUGCAUCAGGCGUGUUACGGGAUCUUGAAGGUGCCGCAGGGUAACUGGCUGUGCCGAAUCUGUGCCCUCGGAGUGCAGCCCAAAUGUCUGCUUUGUCCCAGGAGAGGAGGAGCUCUGAAACCCACGCGCAGUGGAACCAAGUGGGUCCACGUCAGCUGUGCCUUAUGGAUCCCCGAGGUGAGCAUUGGCUGCCCUGAGAAGAUGGAGCCUAUUACUAAAGUAUCCCACAUCCCAGCCAGUCGCUGGGCUUUGUCCUGUGGCCUGUGCCGUGAACACACAGGCACAUGUAUACAGUGCUCCAUGCCAUCCUGCAUCGUGGCCUUCCACGUGACCUGUGCGUUCGACCACGGACUAGAGAUGCGCACCACUCUAGCAGAGAACGACGAGGUGCGUUUCAAAUCAUACUGUCUAGAGCACAGUAGCAUCUCACGCUCGAGCAGCGGCGGGAAUGCGGACAGGCCCGAACUGCGGCUCGCUGGUUCCGAUCUGUCAGUGACGCAUUCGGAUCGUUCGAAGCAGGAACAAGCAGAACGCGAGAAAGCCAGCCAACGCAAGAAGAAGCUGCAAGAGCUUGAAGAUGAGUUUUACAGAUUAGUGGACCCCAAGGAUGUUGCAGAAAGCCUUUCCCUGCCCGAUGUUCAUGUGGACUUCCUCUUCCAGUACUGGAAGCUGCGACGAAAGGCCAACUUCAACCAGCCGCUGGUGACCCGCAAGAGGGAAGAGGUGGACAAUCUCGCCCAGCAGGAGCAGGACGUUUUGUAUCGCCGUCUGAAGCUCUUCACUCAUUUGCGUCAGGAUCUCGAGAGGGUCAGAAACUUGUGCUACAUGGUCACACGCAGAGAGAAGAUCAAACACUCUUUAUGCGACCUGCAGGAGAAGAUCUUUACCUUGCAGAUUCAGCUCUUAGAGAAGGACCUAGUUGGAGAAAAAACUCGGAGAGGGGAGAAGAUUCAUCGCAAUGGAGUCAGGGAACGAGUGAAAGGAAGAAGAAAGAGUAGUCCAGACAAGAAAGACAAAUGGAGAUCAGAUGACAGCUCUGUAUUCUCACAGCUGGGUAAGUAACUGAAUGAUGUGUUCGGUUUCAUCGUCUGUACAAAAGAGUUUGAAGUGGAGGAAAAUGUAGAAAUAUUCCACAUGUUCUCUAAAGGUAUUAUAUGUUUG